AUGGAUGUCAUGAAAAAACAUCAUCAUAAAUAUCAUGGGAAAGAUAAAUUAACUGAACCAGCAGUUCUUAUUUGUCAAGCGUUUGAUGAAGGCAGUGAAGGUGUUCUAUUUUAUGACACAGUUUUAGCACGAUUCGAACACUUUGACAAUGCAAAUCAUAUUCAGAAGAACAAGUUAUUUUCAAAUGAUGUGGAUUUUAUUAUUGAUGGAGUAGUGCAUAGUUUAACGAUAUCCGAAUUAUUCAAAAAGUUUCCAGGUCGGAUCGAUUCAUAUUUAUACAUUUAUCGUCGAGUUGAAGAAUAUUUACAAAUUAUUAAACAAUCAUCGAUAUUUGCAUGGCUAACCGAAAGUAAAAUCAAACCAUUAAAAGAGAAAUUAUUCGAUUCAUUAGAAAAAAUAUUCGUUGAACAUAGAGGUUUACAACCAAAUAUUUUGAUAGAAAAUAAAGAUCAAUUGACAAAAAUCAAUAUUGCUGAACAUUUACGGUCAAUGACUAAAGUGGAUAAGCAAAACGUAAAUUUGCUAUUUGCUUUAAGUAAAUUAUCAUUUCAAACAUCAAUUUUACUCGGUGAUCAAUUAAAAUGGAAAAAUAUUCUAUCGAAUAUACAACAUUGCUGGAUUUCUUUAGAAGAAUUUAUUUCCUAUUAUGUCGGUUAUGAAUUAGCAUUUCGAGACUUUCCAUUUGAUGUAUUAGCAUGUAUAGAAUAUAUCGAAAAAUUUUCUAUUUCGAAACAAUCAAUAGAAUCACCUUUUAUUAUCUUUGUACAAAUCUGUGAAAAGUUAAAAUACAGCAAAGAUGAAUUUUUUGAACGAUAUUGUUCACUAUUCGCAAAUGGUAUCAAACGAGCAUCUUAUUCAUUUAAAAGUAUCUUAGGUUUCUUUAAUGUUAUCGGUCGCCACGAUCAUUUAUUUGAACUUUAUUUGUCAACUUAUGCUGCAAGUGUAGAUCUCGGUGGUCGCCGUAUCAUUAAAAAAAUUAUUUGUGUAAAUAGUGAAUUAAAUGAUAUCAAUCAAAAACAUCUGACCUCUAGACUAAGUGAACGCAGUAUGAAUGCAUCAAUCGAAAGUUUUUUACGUUACACAAAGUUAUCUAAACAUUGCGUAACAAAAAUCAAAGAAGAAUACUGCGCACGAUUUUUACAAAUGUACGAAAAAAUAUUUGAGAUGUUCAUUAAUCAUCAAUUAAACAGUGAACAAUACUCACAUUUGUUUUCCGAGGCAUGUCUCAAAGAAUUUUUAGCUGAUAGUAUUGAACUAUCAACAACAAAAGAUUUACAUCGACCAUCUUGUUUACUUAUCCUUCGUCGUUUAUUAUUUCAAACAUACAAUCGGUCAGCGAAAAAAGUUGAGAAUAUUAAAAUUGUUUUUCGAAAUAUAAACAAUUUCGAUCAAGAUUUAUGUGAGAAGAACGAUCCGGCAUCCAUCGUUCAAGAUGAAUGGUUAGAAGAUCUUCUUCUACGUAUUGCUGAUGAUUUCUUAUACAAUAUUAAUUCGAUUACGUACCAAUCAUUAUGUGAACUUCAUCAUGACAAUCGAUGGACAAUUUAUAUAUGGAAUAGAAUAAUACAUUUAAGUAUUCUUAAAUUAAGAACAGAAAAUAUAAAUGAAACACUCUAUAAAUUAAAUGAAUGGAUGAAAGUAGUUCAGCAUGAUGUUUAUGAAUCUUCUGAUACUUUAACAAUACUUUUCGUUGUGAAUUUAUUUGAAAUGCUGAUUGUUAAAUACAUCAAAUCAAUUUUAUCACUUUCAAAUAUUGAAAUAAUACUUAAUUUUGUUCAAAAUAUUCGACAAGAACAGAUGUAUCCAAUAGAUGUAAAACAAGUCGAUGAAUUUAUGACAAAUGGACAACUAUCAAUUCAAAAGAUCUUAUCCUUACAAGAGUCUUGUUCAACAUAUCGUGAUCUACUCAAUUCGAAAACCAUAUUCUUUUUUCUUGCCAAUACAGAUAUACAAGAAAUAUUUACUAAAAUCAAUCCACAAAUCUAUAAAUUUCCUUCUAUUUCACCAAAAAUUGAAUCACUUGUACCACAUAUUCCAAAGGAAAUCAAUAUCACACCUUCUGAUCCAAAAGAAAGAUAUUUUCAACAAUUUAUUCAACAAGUCAAUGAAUGGUUACAAUGGUUUGAUAAAUUUCUUACAAUUUCAUUACAUAUUAUUGAAUGGUUUAAAAAUUUAAAUGUUAAUGAUGCUACUCAAUUACUUCGAGAAAUUUAUAACGUAAAAGAAAAUUCAUCUACGACGGUUUUACAAAUGAGAUCAACAGUUGAACGAAUAUUAAAACUGCUUCGACCAUUUAAUGAUCUUCAACGACUUUGUCAUUUAUUCAAUUGUUUAACAUCAUUUCAUAUUAUUGAUUCCGGUGGAUUAAAUAAUCAGAUGGAUUCAUCAAAUUAUAUUCGUGAAUUAAAACGACUCCAACCAAAUAAUUGUUUUACUGUUCCUGUAAAGACAAGUAUGCCAAAUCCAUUUCCUAUUCAUGAUCGUCAACAUGUUCAAUGGUCUAUUGCCAGUGAUAAACAUCCAUGUAAUAUUCAAAUUGAAUAUCAAUCAAUUGAAGUACAAGGUAAUACUGGUCAAUUAUAUGAGAAAAAGGAUGUUCCAAUUGAAAAAUAUGUUUUACAAGGAGAAUUUGAAACACAACGAGCUGGACAAUUAAUUAUUACAAUUAAUAAUGAUAAACUUCAUAAUCCGCGUAAUGUCUGGUAUCGAAUUAUUCAAACACCAUUAUCAACUUGUCAUUUAUUUAAUGGAAUAUUCAAUAUGUACUAUCAAUCAUAUCAUAGACAAUUAACUGAAUUAAUUAAAGAAACAGAAAUUAGUCAAUUACUUGAUAAAGUUUUUCAAUUUAUUGAUAGUGUUUUAGAUGGUAGUGUUAUUUUAAGAGAUAUGACUGAUUUAAAAACAGUAUUUUGUGAUAAAAAUAUUCGUAUUCGAGAAGAAGUUAAAAAACUAUUUACAAAUCGUUCAUCUGACAAUAGAACUAAUCGACAACGUCCAACAACAACAACAACAACUAUAAUAACAAUUCCUCCAACAGAUAAAGAAAUUGAACAAGUUUGUGAAUGGCUUCAAAUUUAUCAAUAUUAUAGUCAUAUUAAUAUAAUUCUUAAUUGCAUUGAAAAAUUUGAUAUCUUACCCAUUGAUAAUGAUGAUGAGUUAAUUGAUCAUUUAAAACGUUUACGUGAUGAAAAUUGUUCAUUAAAAGAAAUAACUCAAGCAUAUAAUAUAUUAAAAGAACAAUUUCAAAAUCUUUCAAGUCAACAUUUACAAUUAAUUAAAAUAGCAUCGGAAUGUUCAACAAUCAUUGAAAUUAUGAAAAAAUCUGAUUUAUAUUCUUCACAUGGUCGACGACGUUUUCAAGAAUUACGAGAUAAUUUAACAACACAAUUUCAAUUACAAGAACGUAAUAAUAUGAUUUUAAAUUCAUGGAUUAUUGCUUAUGCUUUAUGUGAACCAUUUGCUCUUAAAACAAGAAAUUUUGAUGAAUUUGUUCAACGUAUUGCAGGAUUAUCAAAUUUUGAAGAACAUUCUGUUAAACAUAUUCAAAUUGUUAAUGAAAAUGCACAAAUUAUUAAAAUGUGGUUAUCAGCUGAAGAAACAACAGUAUUAGAUAAUGCUUUAAUAACAAUGGAACAUUUAUAUAGAACUGGAACAGUAAAAAUACGUCUUCGACGUUUGCUUAAUGAAGAAUCAUUUUUUCAAAUUGGAUAUUCGAUUAAAAAAAUUCCAAAUGAAACAAUAGAAGAUGAUAAUGAUAAUGAUGAACAAAAAACCGAAUUAUUAAAAUUUAUUUUAACAAAAAGUGAUAUUGAUGAUCAUAAACGUCAAUUAACAUUUUGUAAUGUUGAUCUUCAAGAAAAUAUGUUUUAUAAAAAAAUUCUAUUAAAUGAACAAUUAAAAUUAUUACAAAUUGUGGAGAAUAUUUUUAAUAUUCUUUGUAAAUUAGAAACAGCUGGACAUCCAGAAUAUCAAUUGAGAGAAGAAGAUUAUGAAAUACAUGAUCGAACAAAUGAAAUUAAUCGAAUACUUUCGGAUUUAAGAAAUGAGCAUCAUAUUCGAGAAGAUCGAUUAAAACGUGCUGUUAAAACACGUACAGAUAAUUUAGAAUUAAUUUAUCGUACAUUAGAAACAAGUUUUGAUAUGUGGAUUCAUAAUUUAGAACGAUAUAGACAUGAUUAUCAUCUAUUAAAACUAUUUUCUAAUCGUCAAAUUAUGAUUCUUAUUAUUCUAUUAACAAAAUCGACAACACAAAAUCAAGUUAAAUGUCAUUUUUUAGAAAAAUUAUGUCUUUCAAAAGAUAUUCUAAAUCAUAGAAAUAAAGAAUUAGAAUUAACUAUUCAAUGUUUAAUACAUUAUUUACGUUCUUUAUCAAUGAAUGAUUGUGAUUUAUCGAAAAUGAAUAUUACUCAUCAAUAUGAAACAUAUCAAAUCGAACCAAAUUCAAAUGCUGAAAUAGGUUUAAAAAAAUUAUCUCAAUUCUUAGGUGAAGUAUUUAAUAAUGGACGAGAAUUAUUUCAAAAGAAUCUAACAAUUAAUGAAAGUCAACAAUAUCUUGUUACAGUUAGUUCAACAAAAUCUCAUUUAUCAGAUAAAGUUUCAUUAGAUCAUGAUCUUAAUCUUGAAACUUGUUGUAUUCUUUUAAAUCUUUUUCAAGAUCGUUUACCAUCUAUUUAUCAAAUAUUAUGGUGUUCAAUAUCAAAUGAAGAUGAUAUUCGAUUAUUUUUCUUACGUAUACGAACAUUUCCUUCUUUAAUCUUUGUUAUUAUGGAUAUUGAUAAAAUGCAUCAUCGUCUACGAGAAAUUCUUUUAAAUGAACAAGAUGAAUUAACAAAACAAGAACAAAUACAUGGAACUGUUUAUUAUUUUUCAAAAGAAUUAACAACAAGUCGAAAAGGUUUACGAUCAUUUCAUAUUUCACCUAAAUUUCGUAAUCCUCAACAUACUUAUACACAAAUAACACGAUUAUUUCAAAAAAAUAAUUUAAUACAAACACAAAUUCAAAUUAUUUGUGGAAUAGCUGGAAUUGGAAAAACUCAUCGAAUUAAUACAAAAUAUAAAACUUCUGAAACAUCAUGUUUUAGUAUUAAUGAUACAUUAAAUUUAUCAAUGUUAAUUAGUUCAUUUCUUUCAUUUGAUUCCAAAAUAACAAAUAAUAAUAAUCCAUCUGUUUCAUUUAAUAUAUCAAUUCAUGCACCAUUUGAACAAUUAAAUCGUACUCUUCUUUCUUUAUUUAUUAGUGGAACAUUAACGGAUAAUACAACUGGUUUAACAUUUUCAUUACCGAAAAAUAAACAAUGGAAAUUUUUUAUUGAAAUUCCAUAUACACAUAAAUAUCAAAUGACAAUUAAAGAAAAUUUUGAACGAAUUUUACCAAUUUUAUCAAUUAUUUCUCCAUAUACUUUAGAAGAAAUUACAGAUGAAAAUUAUCAAUUAUUUAUUGGAGAAGAAGAAGAAUUAGUUGCUCGAUUUUUAAAAGCUUAUGAAAACGGAACAAUCGAUCGUGAAUUAACUAUUAAACUAACUGGUGAAGAACAACCAGUUGAUUUUGAAAAAUUAACUGAUCCCGAUGAAUGUCGUCGUUUUAUUUAUAAUUGUAUUGAAAAAUAUGCGUCAGAAUUACCAAGAAAUAAAAUUUCCGAACUUUCUUUCACGAAAUUUUUACAUCGUCGAAUAAAAUUUUUUACUGGUCAUUAUUAUCGAUAUAAUAUGACAUUUAAAAAUCUUGGUUCAACUGCUUUAAAACAAAUGAUUCAAGAAGCUAAAUCUCUUUCACAAAUUGAUUUUCGUCAUAAAAAUUAUCCUCGUAUAUAUCUUGUAUAUGAUCCAUGGUUCGCAUUACAUUUAUUACAUGAUGAUUGGAACAAUGUUCCUCGAGCAUUAAAAGAAUUAUUUAAUAAACAAAAUCCUUCUUUAGGAUCAGAAUUUCAACAUAAAGAUUAUUAUGCAAAAUGUUUAUCAUGGUUAAUUAAUAUUAAAUAUGAAGAUUUUAUUCAAAUAUUGAAUGAUACAAAAUUUAUUCUAACAGAAAAUUUUGCUUAUAAAUUAUUUCAUGUUCAUGAAAGAAAAUUAACAAAAUUAUCUUUGAUUAUUGAAGGUGAUACUGGAGUUGGUAAAACAUUUCUUUUAAAAUUUUAUUCUUUAUUAUUAAAUUCAAAUAUAAUCAAUGCAUCAGUUUAUGAUGAUGUUGCUCCACGUAUACGUGAACGACUUUGUUUAUGGUUUUUAACAACAAUUAUUUCUGAAAUAUUAGAAAAUGAAACAAAUAUAAUGAAUACAUUUUUACAAAGAAUAAAACCAAAACUUAUGGGUCUUGAUAAUGAUCAAGUUGUUGUUGAUGAUGAUGAUGAUGAAGAUCAAUUUCCAAAUAUAUAUCGUCAACAAUUUGAAGAUAAUGAUUCUACGAACGAAAGUCGAAGAGAUGAUUCAAUACCACAAUUACCUAUUCCUCAAGCUGCACCACAGAUCAUACAACCAACAGCACUCAUUGAUCUUCCAUUGUUACAAGAGUUGAAAAAAUCUUUACAAAAUUAUGAAUGUGACAAUGAUACAUUACGAUAUUUAUGGAAGACACUUCUAACUAUUUCAAGUGAAAAUGCUAUGAAUAUUGCACAGAAAUUAAACUGCGCUUUGUAUGAUUAUGUUGCAUCACAAUUAUCAAGUUUUCCAUUAAUCGAAGCAAGUUUUCGUCUCCAAAAUUUACUUGAUGAUGCUCGUUCACCAACAAUUCAAAGAUCCAUUGCCAUCUUCACUGAAUAUUUAGUGUAUAGUCAAAUUAAACCACUUUUCUAUCGUUUAUUAUUACAUCCAGGUGUAACAGAAGAACAACUUGAACAAUUCAUGUCUCCAAUUUGUCAAUUAGCACGUGAAUUAGAUCAUAUUGAAAUAGUUGUGUUUUUCGACGAAGUGAAUACGGCAUCGUGUCUUGGUCUUUUUAAAGAAAUGUUUAUGGAUCGAACGUUACAUGGAAAAAAUUUACCAGAAAAUAUCUUUUUCACUGCCGCAAUUAAUCCAUCAGUAAAUCCAAGUGCUGAGACAGCUAUUCAUCGACGAGAUUAUCUUGUCCAUCAAUUACCACAAGCACUCGAGAAUUUAAAAGUAUCUUAUGGUACAUUAGAGCAAACAUCAUUGAAAAAUUAUAUUGAUAAUAAAAUUGAAAUACUUCAUGGACAUUCGAAAUCUGAUAAAAAAGUGAAUAUGCCUUUGGAAAAAUAUGCUCAAGAUAUGUUGGCUGAAUCGAUUCUCAAUGCACAAGCAUUUUGUGAACAAUAUCUUGGUCGAAAUUCUGUUUCUCAACGAGAAAUUCAACGAUGUUUUAGUUUAAUAGAUUUCUUUUGGAAAAUUCGAUUUGAUGAUGAAAUUGAUACCGGUGAUGAAAAAUAUCAACCAAAUCCGAUUCGAUGUAUUGCAUUAGCAUUAGCUUUAAUUUAUUAUUUUCGUCUUCCAACAGCUGAAGACAAUGAACAGCGAAAAGAUAACGAAACACCACCACGAGAAAAGCUUGCUGAAAUACUUUCUCGUACGAUACCUAAUUUUGUAGAUGUUAUUCAAAAUGAAUUGGAUAUGUUUGUUAACACAGAUAAUUUUGUUAUUCCACAUGGUGUUGCCAUUAAUCAAGCGGUUCGUGAGCAUAUAUUUUCAAUUGUAGUUAGUGUUGUUACUCGAACACCAUUAUGUAUCAUUGGUGCGCCAGGCCAAUCAAAAACUUUAUCAUUUCAAAUUGUUUUACAAAAUCUUCAAGGUUCACAAUUAUCAUUGAAACCAUUUUGUAAACGCUUACCAGCUAUUGAUCCAUUCUUUUGUCUUGGAUCAAAAUAUAGUCGUUCGGAAGAUAUUGCAUAUAUAUUUGAACGAGCAAUAAAACGUGAACAACAUUAUGAACAAAAUCGUAUGAAUACACGCUGUGUUGUUUUCUUGGAUGAAGCUUCAUUGCCGGAUGAAAAGAAAAUGGUGUUGAAGGUGUUACAUCCCUAUCUUGACGAAUGUAAAGUAGCAUUUGUUGCUGUAGCGAAUAAAUCUUUUGAUGCAGCAAAUGCAAAUCGAAUGAUUUGUGUUUAUCGUUCAUUACCAUCAAAAGAUGAUCAAAAGAUUUUAGCAUAUGGUUGUCUUGGUCUUCGAAUUAACAAUAAUCAGCAAGUAGUUGAUGAUCGUCUUCAAUCAAUUAUUUAUGGACUUUGUCAAGGAUAUCGACGAAUAUUGAACGCACCGAAUCUUCCUCAUAUCUAUCAUGAUCGUGAUUUUAUUUAUAUGUUACGUGAAUUACGUUUUGAAUUAACUUCAACAGUAAACGAUGGUGAAGAUGAUCAAGAAAUACGUUUUGCAGGAAUAACACCAAAGAGUCUUUUACGAGCAUUGGAAGAUAAUUUUAAUGGAAUAUCAAAAGAUGAAUUUGAAAAGUUAGUUGAAAUCUUUUUUCAAGCUGUUCAAGAACAAUGUCCUGAUUUUCGAUUACCUUCAAAUCGUCGUAAUAUCCCAACAAUUCUAAGUGAAUCUAUGAAACUUGAUUCAGGUCGUCGUCGUCUUUACGGACGAUAUAAACUAAUUAUUGAUGAAUCUGAAGAUGAAAGUGCUGUCCGUCUACUCUCUCAAAGUGGAAUUAUUAAUUUAGAUCCAAAUCGAACAACUGUUUUUCGAAUGUCAGAUUUUCCUGAUGAUAUUCAUAAUGAAUUACGCAGUGUUGAAAUCUUAUCAACUAUCAAAUUAUGUAUGGAAACAGGUAAAACAAUAUUAAUGGUAAAUACAGGACGAAUUCAUGGAUCACUUUAUGAUGUUUUUAAUCAAAAUUUUUCUAUUAUGGCAACGGGUGAUAUGAGAAAAAUCUUUUCCAAAGUUGCAAUAGGUCCAAAAACAAUUGAUGUUGUUGUUCAUGAAGAUUUUCAAUGUAUUGUUCAUAUUAAACGAAGUGAAUUUAAAGAUAUUCCAGCACCAUUUCUUAGUCGUUUUCAAAAAUAUUCAUUGUGUGUUAAUGAUUUUUAUCGAAUUCAAUUUGAACAACUUCCACUAAAUGAUCAAACAAUAAUGAAAAAUAUUGAAGAUAAACUUCAAUCAUUUAUUCAACAUUUUGGUCGACAAUAUUUUUAUGGUUUAAAUGAAAAUACUUUAUAUUCAUGUUUAUUAUCAUUAAUGAAACAAAAUGUCAUUGAUCAAAAUUAUUUUUUAAAUACUCAACAACAUUAUACACAAUUAACAAUUCAAUCAAAACCAUUUAUCGAACAAAAUCCAAGUGAUAUACAACAAUGUCUCUUACGUUCAGUAUUAUCGAAAUUAUUACAAUUAGUUUCACCGGAAUUUCUUAUUCUUAAAUUACGAACAAUUGAAGAUAAGAUUGCACAAUUAUUAUGUAUUAAUUAUUUUCAACAACAAGAACAUUUUCAUAUUGAAAAUUUCAUUCAACAACUUCUUUCUACUCCAUGUUUAGAUCUACAAGAUGAUGAUCUAUUAACAAUAACAACAACAGAUAUACAACUACCAAAAUUCAAUGAUACAAAAAUUACGAGAAAAGUUAUGAUAUUUACACGUACAUCCUCGUAUGUUGUUGGACUUCAUGAACAAUCAAGUCAUGAAAUAUUCGGUAGUAUGGAUAAUAAUCAAUAUAUUGAUCAUAUUGAUAUACUUAAUCUCGCCGUAAUUGAAAAUUCAGUAAAAUUAGAAGAAAGAUUUCAAAAUUUUGAAAAAGAUGAGAAAAAGAAGAUUCUUUUUAUUGUAAUCAAUGCUCGAAUCAAUCAACAACGUUUACAUAUUCCAUAUAUACGACAGCUGAUUGAUAAAAGUGAUUAUUCUUGCAAUAUUUUAAACAAAAAACAAGAGAAAUAUUUUCUCAUUCUUGUUCAUUCUCCUGCACAAGAACUUUAUCAUCAAUCAUCAUUUCCAUCGAUAUUUCUACAAGAUUGGGAUUUUUAUUUUUUUGAUAGUUGUUCACCAGGUAGUGCAUUUCAUCUUCAAAAAAUGUUACAAAUUGUUUCUUCAUCCGAUCAAUAUGAAACAACUGAGAAUAUUUUAUGCGAUUUAAAUGUUUUAUUUGAUGAUUGUUUAUGGGAUUUUUGUUCACGAAUUCAAAUAACUCAACAAGAAUUAUCACGUGAUAUGUUUAAAAAUAAAUUAGCAUAUGAAUUUUAUCAACCUCAAACAAAUACUCUAAAACGUGUGCAAUGUUUUAAACAAAUUCUUCAACAAUCAACACAAUUACAAAAACGUAUUAUGAAAAUUUAUCAUGAACAUUUAUCAAAUCAAAAAGAUUCAUCAAAGAAAAUUUAUAGUUUUAUUUAUCAAAUAUCAAAAGAUAUUCUUUGUGGAAAACGAUUUGAUGGUCUUGUUGAUUCUAUUCAGUCACAAACACGAAUAUCAUUUACAAAUUUUGUUUCAAAUGUUUUUAAAUUUAUUGUAAAUGAUUAUGGUUUAGAUACUUUAUCAAUUCUAUCGAGUAAUACUAAUGAUUAUCAUUCAAUGUUAGAAUUAAUCGAUUAUUCAUCAUUUUCAAUAGAUGAAAAUAAAGAUUCAAUUUCACAAGGUCUUAUUCAACUUAGUAUUCAUUAUGCUUGUAUUCCGCAAACACCGCUUUAUCAUUUAUUUCAUCAACGAAUCAAAUCUUAUGCUGAUGAAAUCAAAUUGUUAACGAUUUUGAAACAAAAUCAACAUAAAGAAAACAAUUUUGAUGAACUUCGCCCUGAUUAUUAUGAUGUGCCACGAGCUACAACUACCGAUCUUUAUUUCGAGAAUAAUGAUGAUGAUGAUAAUGGAAAUGAUACAUCUGAAAAUUUUCGAUAUAAAUUAAUGAAAUCAAUAUUAAAUGAUAAAGUUUUAACUGAAAUUAUCAAUGAACAAAUUCUUCAUUCGUAUUCAAAUGAUCUUGUUCGAACAUUUUGUACAAUUGUUGAAAAAAAUUUCGAUAAUAAUCUUCAUCAAUGUGAAAAAACAAUUGAUUUUGUUUCUCGUUGGUUAUUACUUGUUGAGGAAAAUGAUCGACAAUCACUUGAAGAAUCUUCUUCGAAACAUAUUUGGCUUUUAUCACAUGUUUAUACAUCAUUUGAAUAUGAUCAAAAUGAUCUUUUUUCCUUAUAUUCAGCUUGUCGUAUCACUGAUCAACUUGAUUCAACACGUUCAUUUUAUCAAGAUUUAUUUGACAAUGAACAAUAUAUAACUCGUUCUGAUGUUCGAGAAAAAUUAUUUCGAUUAAUGUUUGAUUAUUUAUGGAAAUCUCUUUGUGAAUUUUGUUUAAAUGGUCAACAGAAUAGUGAACAAUGGGUUCAUGCUUAUACAUUUAUAUCAAAAUAUUAUCCAUCAGAUAAAGUUUUAUCACGUACACAACUUGUUGAAAUAAAAGAUCAAAUUAAUUUUAUGAAUUUAGCUUAUCUUAUUCUUUUGAAUGAUAAAACACCUGAGCCAAAACAUCUUGUUACACUUUUAUUAAAUAAUAUUCAUUUAAAUAAUCAAAAUCAACAUGGACAUAAUAGAAAAUCAAUGUAUUUUGGAUUAAUACCAAACAUUAUUGAAUUAAUUCAAAAAUAUUUAAAUGAUAAUCAAGUGAAUAAUUCAACAUUAAUGAUUGAAAUACAACAAUGGAUUAUUUUAAUGUUGAAAUCAACAACAGAUUCAUGUAAAGAUGAAAUAAAACAUCUUUUUCAAGAUUUAAAUCAAUCAACAUAUUAUUUAUCAAUACCAAUGAAACAAUUUCUAUUUGAUGAAUUAGCUAAUUUAUAUCUUUUAGAACCUGAACGAAAUAAUAAACCGAAAUUAGAUUGUUGGGAUCGAGGAAUAAAACUUUUGCCAUUGAUUAUUGAAUCAAUUGGAAAUGAUGAUCUUCUAAAAAAUUAUCAUUUACCUUAUCACUCAUUCGUUCUACCUGAAAAUGAUCAACAACAACAACCAUUAUUAGAUUUAUUUUUCUUCUAUUUUCAACGAUCAAUCAAUGAACAAGUCAUAACCACUAAUUUACUGAAUAAAAUCAUGCAAUCAAAAUUACAGAAUACAAGAAACCAACGUUUUACUACUGCUGUUCAAAAUAUAUAUCAACAAUUACAAAUUUAUUUUCUUUUGAAAUUAACUGCUGAAAUACUUUGUCAAAGUAACAUUCCUCUUGCAGAUCGAACAAUACUUGAUCGAAUAAUAAAAACAAUUAUAAAUAAUUAUUUAACAAUAGCAGAAGAUAUGACUGAAUUAAAUGAAUAUCUUCAAUUGUUUUUUGCUACAAUUAUUUCAAAACGUUCAUGGAAUUAUCUUCUUAAUCUUCUCAAAUCAGAUCAUAUUCAACGUAUUCAUAGUCAAUGGGCAAAUAAAUUAUAUCAAUUAUUACAAAUUCAACAAACAACACAACGAAAUGAACAUUUACAAUUAUGUCAUCAAAUACAAUUUACUCUCUCAAUGGAUCAUACUUCAUCAAUAUUUCCACAAUUUCAUCAAUCUUAUGACCACAUGAAAACAAUUCUCAAAGAAAAUAUCAAUAAUAAUCAACAAUGGAAUAGUUUUGCAGAUUGGAUUCAAUUGCAACAAAACAUUAUUGAUCUUAAAACGAUUAAAGUAAUGUUAUUAUUAAAUAUUUAUUAUGAUUAUUAUUGUACCAAUCAAUUAACAUCUCUCAACACAUUAUUAUCAUUUAUUGAAAAUAAAUUACAACCAUCAUCUGAAGAACUACGAGUAUUUCGUGUUUUAUUACAGCCAGAACAAUAUAUGAUUGGUUACUCAAGAAGAAAUGAAAUUCUUGAACAAAAUUAUCUUAAUAAAUUAUUUCAUCUUGAUUGUAAAGAUGAAGAUGAGUUAUGUAUUCGUCAUUCAUUAGUUAACCUUUUAGCAAUGAUUCUAUUAGGAGGAAAACAAAAUUUUCUUUGGACAUUUACAUUCGAACCAUUAACAUUACAAAAUACAUUUGGUUUUGGAUCAACAGCACGUCAAGUUAUACAGCAACGUGGUGUUCAUUAUGAUUGUGGUUGUAUCAUUACGCAAAAUGGUGAUUUGAUGCAUUUCGAAAGAGCAAACAUUAGUGUAUUGAAUGUACCAGCUGUUUAUGUUGCGUAUUUUUCUACAUUUGGUGCUCUAGCUUGGCAUUUAUUGUUAUUUAAUGAAUCAGUACAAAAUUUACAUGGUCCAAUACUUGCUCCACAUGCUAUAGCUGAUAAGACAGCGGAACAUCGCCUUGCAGGAAAUGAUCAACGAGCAAAGGUUUGUCAUUUUGUUCGAGCAAGAUUAUUAUCAACAUUUAAUUUCUUGUCAAUUCAUUCGAAUUGUAAUGAUGCAUGUAUUCUUUUAAAUCGUUGUUUUGAACAAAUGGCUUUCUUAACAUUGAAUCAUCAACAACCAGGAAAUUCUUGGAUAAAACCGAUUUAUAAUACGAUUAAUGAUCAAUUAAAAGCAGAAGAAGAAUUUCAAAAUAAAAUCUUUUAUUUUAUUCAUCAAAAAUUAGCUGAAUAUAAAACUUAUGUAAAUCAAUUAGAUUUACAAUCACAAAUACAAAAAAGACUUCAAGAUUUUAUUACAAAAAUACCAAUACAAAUUCAAUUUCGACAUUUUAAAACUGAAUUACACAAUCCGAUUAAUACACAAUUACCUUUAAAAGUCUUACGGCAUGUUCUCGAUUCAACUGAUUUUUUAAAAUUUAUGAAAUGGAUUUAUAAUCUCAGUCAAUUUUAUCUUCUUCUACAUCAAACUUAUACACAAUUAAUUGAACGAGAUGAAUUUCUUAAUGUUACAUUAAACGAAUUGUAUGAACGAGGUCAAAAACAUUCGAAUAAUCGUCAAUAUUUUCAAAAUCGAAACAAUAAUUAUUCAAUAGUUAUCGAUCGUGGAAUAGAAGCUGUUAAUGCUUAUCAUCAAUUUACAGACGGUCUUAUUCGACCAGGUGCUUGCGAUCAAACUCAACGUUUUACAAAAAUUACACGUGAUACACCAAUUCAUUAUUUAGUUACAACUGGAAAUUUUGAUGAAGGAGAUAUUAUUAUGCGUAUACUCAGGGUCUUAAUUGAUAAUCAUAAUACUUUAUUGAACUUACUUGAACAAGAAGUGAAUAAUGAUGAUAAUAAUCAUGUUGUUGGACCAUUAAGAAAAUUAGUAAAUAAUUUAACAUCAAAACAGGUUUCUAUCUUACAAAUCGUCCGAGAUAAUACUGGUGUUAUUACUUUGACAGAUUAUGACUGUAUAUGGAUUGAACAAUUAUCACGUGCAACAUUAAUUACAAAAAAUGAUGAAUAUUUUCAACAAGCAGAUACUCAACUUGAUUUUGAUUUUCUUUAUUUACAAUCCUAUAUAAUUCGAACAUAUCUUCUACUUUGUCGUAUUAAUUAUCAACAUAUAAUACAAAACUAUCAAUGUCAUAUUCGACGAAAUCAACAAAAUACAACAAAUGAAACAUUUGAUCUUGAUAAAGAAUAUUUAAUUCCAUUAACUAAACAUCAAUUAGAAACAGAUUGGAAUUAUUUAAAAGAAAUGUAUUUAGAUAAACUUUAUCAUGGUCAUAAUCUUCUUCGACAAAUAGCAAUUCAAUUAAAACAUCAUCAAGAAAAUAUUUCACAAAUGAAUCUUUAUGAUUUUAUUCGAACAUUUGAUCAUGAACAAAAUUUUCAACAACAAAUUGAACAAUAUGAAAUAAAAGAUUUUCAAUUAAUGUAUUUUGAUCAUAUUUGUCAAUUAUAUGCAAAUUCCAUUAGUAAUUUUCAACAUUUAUUUACUGAUGUUUCUCAAUUAUUACGAACUCCAAUUGAAAUACAACUCGAUAAUGAACUUAGUAAAAUGUUACAAGGAGCAAUAAUUAGUGUUGAUGAUAUCGAUGGAAUUAAAGUACUUAUUCAAACAAUUACUGAUUUAUUAAAUGAUCUUCGAACAAAUGAACAUUUUCUUCAAAGACAAUGGACAGAUUCAUUAAAAGAAACAUGUUCUAUCUUAGCAAUUGAAAAUUCGAUUUUGAAUUUAAUACCCGAUGGAAUUAAAUGUGAAAAUUAUGUUGCACUUUGUAUUCAUUUAAUUCGAAUGAGAACCAUUUUACAAGAACGAAUGGUUAAUAUCGAAGAAAAAGAAACUAAACAAUGGAAUGAAAAUAUCAACAAUAAACCCAUUGAUCAGCAUCCAAAUCGUUUUUCGAAUUAUUUGAAUGAGAUAUCAAUAGAAAAUGAUGUCUCGAAGAAUUCAAUUGAGACAGAUGAUAAAAAUAUUUGGUUAGAUAUUCCAGGUUAUACAUCGACUAAUCCAAUUGUUGAUGAUAUCUUCUUUGAUGAUCAUGUUAAAGAAACUCCAGUUCCUCAACCAACAACAACAACUUUUGAUUAUGAAUCACUCUUUCAAUUAGAUGUGAAAUCAGUUCCAUUAACAACAUCGAUUUUAUUUGAACAAAUUCAUAGUCAUAAAGAAGAAUCAAUAACGAUAGAUUUGAAAAAAGCAUUAAAAUUUUCAAUAAGUCAUCCUGAUGGAAAAGUUGCUUCAAGUUUUUGGAAAGGUGAAAAUUUAUUUCAUAAAUUACGUGAAGUGUUCAAGAAAGAAAAAUAUGAUGAAAAUAUAUUUGUUAUUAUUGAUAAAAAUGAUAUUCUUCUUGAUUUUCUUAAUGAAAAUACUCCAGUACCAAAACGUAUGUCUCAAGAAUAUUUCAUUAUUCAAAAAGAAUCGUUAUUUCAAAUCGAAUUUCGUUUUCAAGAUAAUAAUUUCAAAUAUUUCGUUUCAUUGAACGUUAAAAUUCCUUCAAUAAUUCAACGAUUUCUUACUGAUCAUAAUAUAAAACCUUCAUCAGAUGAAAAUUAUCUUUGUUUCUUUAAUGGACAUAAAAAAACCAUUGAAAAUGAAACGAUCACUGAUCUUAUCAAACAAACGAACAAUCCAGAAUCAAAAAUUAUUCCGAUAAUCAUUACUGAAGAUAAUCUUAAUACUUCUUCACUUUAUCAAAUCAUUCUACGAACAAAACAAAAUCAAGAACAAACUGGUUUCUUUCAUCCCACUGCAAAUUGGAAACAUGUCAAUGAAUGGUUAAAACAUUUCGAUCAAAUCAUUGAUUCUCCAACAAAUGAAUAUUCUUUUUUUAAUAAAGAACAACAGACAAUUCUCGAUGAAAAUCAAACAAUUUCUUCAAUACUUAUUGAUGGAAUCGAUCGAAAUAUAACAAUAAAAGUUACAUUUACUUAUGAAACAAAUAAAGUAACAAUCAAUGCAUUAAAAUCAACAAAACUUUAUCAUUUAUUAAACAAUGAACAUCUUCUUCGACAACUAAAUUUAAUUGAUAUAUCUCCUAAUGAUUGUGUUCUUGUUCUUGAAGGAUCAAAUGAACAAAUUCUUUCGCAAAAUGAUAUUCAACAACCUGUAAAUCAUUAUAUAUCAACAGAUAAUCAAUCAAUUCAUUUUAGAAUAUCAAUUAUGAUUCAGAUAUUUCGAUAUGAUAGUUCAGAACCAAUUUCAAUUCAUUUUUCAAACAGAAAUAUCAUAAUGGAAGAUAUAUUUCAAUCAAUUACUAAUGUUCCAUCCAAUGUUUAUGAAUACUUAGCUUCCAAUUCAACAAAGAAAGUUAUUGAUUAUUGUGACAAACUUUCGAAUAUAAAUGAAACAAAAUUUUUAUUAGUUAAAGAAAAUGAAACGUGUCUUGUAUCAAUUGAAAAACCUAAAAAUAAUCAAUUACUUGAUUUAGAUGAUGGACAAAAUGAUAUUCAUCAACGAUAUACUAUUUAUGCUCGAAUUCUCGAUAUUUAUCAGGAAAAUCAACUUGAUAUUGAUCAUCAAUAUUUAUUUUAUUCGAAUGAUUUUGUUCCAUCAAUUCAAACACAAUUAAUAUCUUUUCAAUCACCAUCAUCAUUAUCAUCAAUUCGAUUUACUUUAAGCAAUGAAAAUUUACCAGUGAAUAUUACCAUUGCAAAUAAUGAAAAUCAACAAACAAUUCAAUUUCAUUCUUCUUUAACAAUUAAUAUUAAAAGUUUACGUUCGUUUGCUUGUCAAUUAUUUUUAUUAAAUGAGAAUUAUUAUCAAUUAAUGUAUGAUGGUUGUCCACUUGAUGAUGAUGAUAUAACUUUGAAUGAUAUUGAUUCUGAUAUGACUCAUAUAGAAUUACAAAUGAACUCAACAGCAGAGAUUCAUUGUUCAAUUCAAUUUGGUGAACAAAAAAUUAUAUUACCGUGUUCUUCAAAUACAUUAAUAGAAAUGAUUAUUAAAGAAUCAUUAACAAAAUUAUAUUUAUCUCAAGAUGAGAAUCAGAUUUAUGAAUUAUUUGCUUUGACUGAUGAUGAUCAAACAUCAAUUGAAGAAGAUAUUCCGAUUGAUGAUAUUUAUUCAUUAUUUCCAUCUAAACCAACUCUCAUACCGUUUGAACUAAAGAAGAAAGGCGAAUAG